AUGAAGCAAUCUUCUUCUUUUGAGAGUUUGAAAGAUUUGAUGAGAUGGGAAACAACAGUCUACACCUUUCAUUCCUCCUCGUGUUCCACCGCCAAUGGCCACAUUGCUGACGAGAUCCAAUGGCCACUGGGUAAAUAUGAGGUUGCGGUUAAACUGGAUGAAUUGCAUUACUUCUUCUUUCUCCGUGCUCCGAAAGUGGACGAUUCAGAUUCGGAUUCGAGCGAUGAUAAGGGCAGUGGAAAGAAGGGAUCGGUGAUUGAUCCGGAUAAUUUGUUGAAUUACGGGCUGACGAUUGCGUCCAAGGGGCAAGAAGGUUUGUUGAAAGAGUUUGAUGAAGUUUUGGAGCAUUACAGUAACUUUUCGGUACAAAUGGUGUCGGAGAAGGGGAAGAAAUCGGAGGUGUUGGAUGUAACGAUUGUGAAGGAGAUUGCACCGGAGGAUUUGGAGUCGGAGAAGAAGAAAGAGCUGAUGGAGGAGCAGUGUGCUGCGUACUGGACCACGUUGGCGCCAAAUGUGGAGGAUUAUAGUGGGACUGCGGCAAAGCUGAUUGCGACAGGGUCAAGGCAACUGAUCAAGGGGAUUUUGUGGUGUGGUGAUGUGAGUAUUGAUAGAUUGAAAUGGGGGAAUGAGGUUUUGAGGAAAAUGAUCAAACCCAGUGAAAUUUACUGA